AUGCGAAGGUCACCAACUCUACUCUUCCAGAGCCUGAGAUCUGGGGAAAGAAACUUGAUCCAGAUCCGCAACGGCACGUUCUACAGAGAACACCCUGCGACCGAUCACUCCCAAGAUUCUAACCCGCCUCUUUUCCCAAACCUGACCUUUGAGCUACCUGCCACGAUCCAGUUUGAAAAACAUCCCGUCCAGCGUCAGAAUCAGCACUGGGCAGUCAUCGGUGCGUCUGGCAGGACUACGUUUCUGGAAAUUCUGAGAGGCUCUCACAUUUGCUUGCCACCCAAUGCAAGAUCGUUCCCUUAUUUGGCCUCCGACCAUAUCGACGAUGAGAAAGACCAUCGGCUACGCAUACCAUCACGAGCGAUCCAAUAUGUGGGCUUCAACAACGGGAGGGGCCAGAUCUCCGGCGGAGGAGUAAGAGGCGCAUAUCUCAGUGCCCGUUAUGAGAGCCGGAGAGAGGAGACGGAUUGGUCCGUCCUGCAAUAUCUAAAAGGAGAUACAGAAUUGAAUCCCGCUAAACAGUCCCUGCGCAGGACGGUCGAUCAAAGCCUUCUUGACAAAGUCAUCUCCGACCUGCGCCUGGAGAAAUUGAUAGAUAUGCCCGUGAGCAAUCUCAGCAAUGGACAGACGAGACGAGCGAGGAUAGCAAAGGCGUUAUUGGACAAACCACUGCUUCUCCUGCUUGAUGAUCCAUUCAUGGGCCUUGAUCCACCCACUUUGGUAUCCCUGUCGCCUAUGUUGAAGAGGCUAGCGUAUCGAUCCUCGCCUCAAAUACUCCUGGGGUUGCGUCCUCAAGAUCCGAUCCCCCGCUGGAUCACACACCUUGUUGUCCUCGGACAGAAUCACUCCGUGGCCCUGAUGGGCGGAAAGGCCCAUGUCCUUCUCGACUUAUGCCGAUGGGCGGCGGUAGGAUCCAGAAUCCAGUCAAUACAAUCGGACCAAGUGCCGGCAGGACACAAAAUCGACAGCGACGUGGCGGAACAAAUAAUUGCAGAAUAUGGCCUCCCUCCUUCCGGUGUAGGCGACAUCCUAGAUGAGAGAGGCAUCUCGAAACACGUAGCUUUCGACCUCGAUCCAAGCGCAGAUCUUCUACAACAUCCACCAGACGACAGAACGCUUGAUCCUCAGGGAUUUUCUACAGAAGACGAAACAGGGUUAAAGUCCCACCAAUCCAGAAAGGCCAGGUCACAGAAAACCCUCGAUGAACUCCUUUCCCUUACCAUCACGAUGCCGGAGACCUCGACAAAUCCACAGAAACACGCUUCAGCUCUUUCCUCCAGAAGUCCACCUGCUUCUUCAAUAAGGAGAAAACGUGACCGAGACACUCGACACGAAGAAAGGCCCCUAGGAGAUCCCUUAAUUGAGCUCAGCUCUGUUAUCGUCAAAUACGGCGAUAAGACCGUCCUCGGCCUUCCUCCAGCCCGGCCCGGGUUCUCAUCGCCGGGCCUCAACUUAUCCAUCCGACAAGGCACACGCCUCGCACUCCUCGGCCCCAACGGCUCCGGAAAGACCACCUUACUCUCCCUCCUGACCUCUGACCACCCACAAUCCUAUAGCUUACCCAUCAAAUUCUUCGGCCGCUCUCGUCUCCCCAGCUCCGGCCGCCCCGGCCUCUCGCUGUGGGAAAUCCAGUCACGAAUCGGCCAUUCAUCUCCGGAAAUCCACGCUUUCUUCCCCAAAAACUUACCUGUUAGACGCGUCCUUGAGAGCGCCUGGGCAGAGACAUAUGCAGGCAAACCGAAACUCACUGCGGAACGGAGUGCGAUGGUGGAUGCGUUCCUGCGCUGGUGGGAGCGGGAAUUGAGGCAGGACUCUGCGCCAGCUACAGUCGGAGAUCACGUUCUGCAGCAGAAACACGCCUCUGAUCUCGAAUGGGCAAUGGACAGACACACGCAUUCUUUCGGCGUACUCCCGUUCGCGGCGCAGAGGCUUCUGCUGCUGCUGCGUGCAAUCAUCAAGGACUCAGACAUUAUUAUCCUCGACGAGGCGUUUUCGGGCCUCUCAGCCGACACGCGUGAUCGGGCCAUGGCGUGGCUUGAGUACGGUGAAUCCAGUUCCAUCGCCAGUCUCACAGCAAUGUCCAAGACAGGUCCAGAUCCAAAUUCAGAUCCAGAUGUCCGGUUCUACGGCCUCAAACCCACACAAGCACUGGUGGUCGUGUCGCAUGUGAAAGAGGAGAUUCCUGACGUGGUGGACGAAUGGUUACGCUUACCGAGUGAAGAGGAGGUCAUUGAGCAUGGCCGCUCUGUCGAAGGUGGUCGGACGGCGAAGGGAGAGAUCAAGAGCUCCGAGGGCUGGAUGAGGGUUUGGGGCUUGUGA